GCGGUGGCGGGGCCGGGCUCGCGGGAGGAGGGGGUGGCGCUGCCCAGCGCCUGGAGCAAGAUAGCCACGAUGAGCGACCGCUACGGACGCCAGCCUCUCAUCUGAACCAGUUCACCUCCAGGUGUUCCUGCGGGAGGCGGUGGCGGCGGCCAUGGCGGAGGCCGGGGAGCCGGGACCAAGGGGAGCAGCCGGCAGCCCCGCCGAGGACGAGGACGAGGAGCGGGAGCCGCUGCUGCCGAGGCAGGGCCGGGCCGGGCCGGGCGGCGCCGUGAGAGUCGUCGGGGGCUCCGAGGGAGACGGCGGCGGCGCUGGGGACGAGGAGACGGCGUCCGACGGGGAUGAGGAGGACGAGCUGCUGCUGCGGCCCGGCGGGGAGGCCGCGGGCUCGGGUCGCAGGGCUGGGAGACGGGAGCGCCGCCGACGCUACGGCCCGAGCUCAGGUAUUUCAGAGAUGAACGUCUUCUCGGAGGAUCCAGAAUUUGCUGAUAUAAUCUUGAGAGCAGAACAAGCGAUAGACUGUGGCGUUCUCCCUGAAAGAAUCUCUCAGGGUUCGAGUGGAAGUUAUUUUGUCAAGGAUCCCAAAGGGAAAAUUAUUGGUGUCUUUAAACCAAAAUCUGAAGAGCCUUAUGGACAUCUAAAUCCCAAAUGGACCAAAUACUUUCACAAGCUCUGCUGUCCUUGCUGCUUUGGCCGAGGCUGCCUGGUGCCCAAUCAGGGAUACCUUUCUGAGGCUGGCGCCUAUCUUGUGGACGAAAAGCUCGCCCUGGGAGUGGUACCUAAAACAAAGGUCGUCUGGCUUGUGAGUGAGACUUUUAACUACAGUGCAAUAGAUCGUGCAAAAUCAAGAGGCAAAAAAUAUGCUUUAGAAAAAGUACCAAAAGUGGGCAAAAAAUUCCACCGAAUAGGACUACCUCCCAAGGUGGGCUCCUUUCAGAUGUUUGUUGAUGGUUAUAAGGAAGCUGAUUAUUGGCUUAGGAAAUUCGAAGCUGAUCCUUUACCUGAAAAUAUCAGAAAACAACUUCAGUCACAGUUUGAGAGAUUAGUUGCUUUAGAUUACAUCACCAGAAAUACAGACAGGGGAAACGAUAAUUGGUUAAUCCGAUAUGAAAAGCAGAGUGAUGGGAGUGAAAGUUCCUGCAAGGAAAAAGAUUGGACUACUAAUAAAGAAUCUCUUAUUAAAAUUGCUGCAAUUGAUAAUGGUCUAGCAUUUCCUUUUAAACAUCCCGAUGAGUGGAGAGCAUAUCCUUUUCAUUGGGCUUGGCUUCCUCAAGCAAAAGUUUCUUUUUCUGAAGAAACUAGAGAAUUAAUUCUCCCACGUAUCUCUGAUAUGAACUUUGUCCAAGAUUUAUGUGAAGAUCUCUAUGAACUUUUUAAGACUGAUAAAGGAUUUGACAAGGCCACUUUUGAAAAUCAGAUGUCUGUAAUGAGAGGCCAGAUUUUAAACCUUACUCAAGCAUUGAAAGAUGGAAAGAGUCCUCUUCAGCUAGUACAAAUGCCUCGUGUGAUUGUGGAACGAAGUCAGAGUGGAAAUCAAGGCCGGAUUGUCCACCUGAAUAAUUCAUUCACACAGACUGUGCAUUGUAGGAAGCCUUUCUUUUCUUCCUGGUAGCCAAUGUAAAAUGAACAACACUGGACUCUUGCCUUUUAUUAGGAAUGUUAUAUAAAAGAUUUUGCAAUAAUAGAAAUCUUCUGUAGACAGCUCCAACUGCCAAAACCUCAGAUAACUUAAAUCUUUAGAAAGGUUGCAUUUUUAAUGUAAUCAAAAGUUUACAGUUUUUGUGUCCAAAAAUUGUGGAUUUUACGUCAGGGAAUAAGCAAGUGACCCAUUGUUUAUAUUGUAUUUUUAUAUAAUAAAUGUACUUUAUUGUGUUGAUACUACUUUAAAAGAAAAUUUUACAGUUUACAUAUGCUGGAAUGACUAUUCGCUUUGGAAUUCAAAAAAGAAAUUCAAAGUCGCUAUGUUUCACUAUGAGAACGUGAGUUUGUGAAAUUACACUUUCUAUUGCCCUUGCAAAUGGAGGGAAUAUUCUUGUUAAAUUCUUCAGAUUCCAAAAUGCCUUAGGUUUAAAACUGACCCAUGCCAUAGCUAGUAGAAAAAUAAAUUAGAAUAGUUAUAAAUGCCUUUUUUUUUUAAACUGCUGUUUAUGAAACUUGAAAAAUGUACCUGAAGAAACCCAGUCUAUUUAAUACUAGGGACCAAAAAUAUAGUUAAUUUUGCAUUAAACUUUUCUUCCAUUUGUCCAUUUUAAAAUUAUUUUUGGAGAAUUCUUCAUGUUAUUAUUUUCUUUCUCUAACAUCAAAGAAGACUCGGUAUAAUAAAGGUGCAAAACUGUUUGAGUGUGAAAAUUGAGGGGUUAUGUUCAUUGAUUAGUAUCAAAAUAAAUCUCUAGGUACUUAAAUUUUGAAGUAUUUAUCACUAAAUAUUCAUAUGUCUUGCCUUAGAAUCUAAGAAGCUGCUUUUAUUAAGAAUGAACUUUAAAAAUGAAAAGUUAUACCCUUAAGUAUAUAUAUGAGAUUGCACUUGGGGCCCCACUGUGUACUGAGCCUUUAAAGCAGCUUAUUUUAAAAAAAUAAUAAUUUAUGCUAUUUGAUAUUUCAGUUUGUAUUCAGAUUAUAAUUCAUUUAUCUGACCAAGUGAUAGAGCUAAAUAGAUGAUCCUAAAAUUAUUUACAUUUGUUUCUGAAAUACAUUUUUUUUUUACUUAACUGGCUAUGUCUGACACUGAAAGUUUUCAAUACUUUCAGUAAAUAUUUGCUAAGUUGAAUGAAAAUAAGCAGUGUUGAAGAUCUGACUUUACUAGAAAGAGAUUCUUUCUUUGUCACUUCACUUUGGGAAUGGCCACAUUACCAUAUCACCAAUAUAAUCCUUUCAAGUUCUUAAGUUCCCAGGCUUGCACCGGUGGAAAAAAGACUUUAUUUGUUGUAAAAAAGUUCUUCAUCGGAUGUUGAAUCAGAAUAGGAGACUGAGAAUUUGGCGGCACUCUCCUUAGGCUCCACUUAGGACUCCUAGUUUGUGAGCACAUUUUUGAGGCCAUUGACAUCACAUUACAAAAAUGAAGUAGAAACCACUGUCAUCUUGGCAUCUCCUGCAAAUAAUCUGAAAAAAGAAUCAUUCAACGAAGGAUAAUGUAGAGUGGAUUGUAAACUUUCCAAUGUACCCUAACUUUUUGUCAUAGAUAGUAAUGUUGAAAUUGGUGUUUUCAAAAGUUGUGACCUACAGGAAAAUAAGUACCUAUGUUAAGUAUUAUUUUUGAAAAUUAUUUUUGUUUUUCAGUAUUUCACAUUUUUCUAUGUUGUCUUUUUUAAUAGAAAACACAGAAAUUUAUUUCAGUGCUACAAUUUUGUAUAUUGGUAUGAACAUCAUUAGGAUCUUCUAUUUUAAAUGGCCAGGUUAUGCCUUAAAACUGCAGAAAAUAUACAUACUAUAUCUAAAUUCUGAAUACAAGUUGGUAGAACAGUGAUUUUUUUUUUUGAUAAGCUUUUCAGGAUUUAAGUUUUUAUGUAAAUACUUCAUUAAAACUUUUUUAAAAUCAGCAUAUUUGCCAAAUAAAAAACUUAAAAUAAUAAAAAUCAUUGUCUUAAAGACCAAA